GGCGCCAUCUUGAGUGAGGGCAGAGUGCCUGAGGGGGAAUUUCAGGCGGGAAUGCUGAGGGUGGCCCCCCGGGCCCUGCUGUGCUGCCCCCCGAGAGCCUCGAGAGCCCCCCAGAGCUCCAGCAGCGCGGGCAGCCCUGCGGCCAUGGCAGCGCCCCCAGACCCAUCAGUGUCCCCAGCCCCAUCAGCACCCCCAGCCCCGCUGGUGUCCCCAGCCCCGCCGGUGUCCCCGGAGGCGGCGGGCGGGCUGGUGGCGGUGGCACAGGUGACAUGCACGGCGGACAAGGAGCACAACUGGCGGCAGUGCUCGGCGCUGGUGCGGCGCGCGGCGGCCGCGGGGGCCCGGCUGGUGUUCCUGCCCGAGGCCUUCGACUUCAUCGGGGACAGCGCCCAGCACAGCCUGGCGCUGGCUGAGCCCCUGCACGGGGACACCGUGCGGCGCUACCGCCGCCUGGCCAGGGAAUGUGACGUGUGGCUCUCCCUCGGUGGCUUCCACGAGCGUGGCGAGGACUGGGACAGCACCGGCCGCAUCUACAACUGUCACCUGCUGCUGGACAGCUCGGGCGCGCUGGUGGCCGCCUACCGCAAGCUGCACUUGUUUGACGCGGCGCUGCCGGGGGCGCCGGCGCUGAGCGAGAGCUCCUUCACCAACCCCGGCCGGGAGCUGCUGCCCCCCAUCGACACCCCCGUGGGCAAGCUGGGGCUGGCCGUGUGCUAUGACCUGCGGUUCCCCGAGCUGGCCCAGGCCCUGCGCGGGGCCGGUGCCCAAAUCCUGACCUACCCCUCGGCCUUCACCGUCACCACCGGAGCCGCGCACUGGGAGGUGCUGCUGCGUGCCCGUGCCAUCGAGUGCCAGUGCUACGUGGUGGCCGCGGCCCAGAGCGGGCGGCACAACGCCAGCCGGGCGUCCUUCGGCCACUCGCUGGUGGCCGACCCCUGGGGCACCGUGGUGGCACAGUGCCACGAGGGGCCGGGGCUGUGCCUGGCACACAUCGACCUGACCUACCUGGAGCAGGUGCGCCGGGAGCUGCCCGUGCACGGCCACCGCCGCGGGGACAUCUACGGGGACCUGCCGGGGACACCGGGGACGUGACGGCGCCAGGCAUCCGCUUGGGAUUGGCACCGGGUUUGCUUUUCUGUCCCCAAAACGGAAUGGCACGAGGUGUCCUGCUUUUCUUUAUUGGGGGUCCCAAAUCUGCAUCAUUUCAGCCCCAAAUCUGCAUCAUUUCAGCCCUAAAUCAGCCCCAACUCUGCCCUUUUUCGUCCCCAAAACAGAAUGGCACAUGGUGUCCUCUCCUUUCUUUAUUGGGGGUCCCAAAUCUGACCCAAAUCUGCAUCAAAUCAGCCCCAAAUCUGCACCAUUUCAGCCCUAAAUCAGCCCCAAAUCUGCACCAUUUCAGCCCUAAAUCAGCCCCAAAUCUGCAUAAUUUCAGUCCCAAAUCUGCCCUUUUAGACCCCAAAACGGAAUGGCACAAGGUGUCUUCUCCUUUCUUUAUUGGGGGUCCCAAAUCUGCAUCAUUUCAGCCCUAAAUCAGCCCCAAAUCUGCGUCAUUUCAGCCCUAAAUCAGCCCCAAAUCUGCACCAUUUCAGCCCCAAAUCUGCACCAUUUCAGCCCUAAAUCAGCCCCAAAUCUGCAUCAUUUCAGUCCCAAAUCUGCCCUUUUAGACCCAAAACUAAAUGGCA